CAUCAGCGCCUCAUAGGGUGGUGACAAACACUCGUUUCCUCUCUACACCUGUCCCUCCACCGAGCCCCCUCACUCGUAUAAACCCUAAUCAAUUCACCACCAUUCUUCCAAUCUUCAUCUUCUUCGACCCAUUUAUCAAUUAGUUUGAUUCGUGAUGGGCAAAUCCGGAGCUGCAGCCGGAGAUUUAUUACUACUCAUCGCUCAAAAUUUUGAUGUUCUUGCCGGGCCCGUUGUUAGUUUGGCAUAUCCUCUGUAUGCCUCGAUCAGAGCAAUCGAGACUAAAAAUGUUGUUGGUGAUGAUCGACAAUGGCUUACUUAUUGGGUCUUGUACUCCAUGAUUACUCUCUUUGAGCUCACUUUUGACAAGCUUAUUGAAUGGAUCCCGUUUUGGUCAUAUGUUAAGCUGAUUGUGACAUGUUGGUUAGUGAUACCUCAAUUUAGUGGUGCUGCAUACGUAUACGAGCACUACGUUCGACCUUUCUAUACCGGAAACCAAACCGUCAACGUCUGGUAUGUCCCACGGAAAAAAGACGCUUUUACCCCUCAUCAGGAUGAAACCCUAGUUUCUGCAAACAAGUACAUUCACGAAUACACCACCCCAGAUGCUUUUCAGUUUCAGGAAUACAUUCAACCUGCUUUCGAUGACCAUGAGGAAAUCAAGUAUUAUGGAGGUGGUGGUUUCUUCCCUGAAUAUGACUAUGUAUACGACUGAGGUGGUUUAAUUCUUGCUGUUUGCUCGAUCGAUAUCAGAAACUUGCUGGUCAACGUUGACCAAUGUAUAUGUAUAUACUAUAUAGUAUAGUAUGAUGUUGGUUUUUAUUAUGUAUGCAUACCUUGUUGUAAUAAUGUGUAAUUAAUUUCAGUUCAUCACGUUAAUUACGAUCUUCCA